AUGAGACAAGGGACUGAUCCAGGGAUAGCUAACAAGUCAGAUCACCAGCAGGUUGGAAAUCCUGCACAAGAGCAGAGCUACUGGAAGAAUGCAGUAGCUGGGCUGUCGGGAGGCUUCGUCAGUGCUGUUGUGAUGCACCCUUUGGACGUAGUCAACACCCGGUUUCAGGUCCAGGACGGUAAACUCUCGCACAUCCCUGUUUAUCGGUCAACUGCUCAUGCAAUCGUGACCAUCGUCAAGACUGAGGGGCCUGCAAGCUUGUAUGCUGGGCUGGGACCGAACCUGGUGGGAUCCACAGUCUCCUGGGGCUGCUACUUCUACGGCUACAAGCGCCUGCGAGAGUUUGCGAGCAGCCACCUCCCUAGGCCGAAAGAUGCUGUGGGUGAUCACUUGGGCCCCGGGGUGAACCUGGCAUGUGCCACAGCAGCAGGGGUUGUUACUGCCGCCAUCACUCAACCGAUAUGGCUGGCAAAAGUCAGGUUGCAGCUGCAGCACGGCUCAGGGUUCCAGUACAAUGGCAUGCAUCAUGUAAUGACCAGCGUCGUCCAGCAUGAAGGGCUGUUUGCCCUCUGGAGGGGGCUCCUGCCUUCCCUGCUCCUCGUGUCUCACGUUUCCAUCCACUUCGCCGUUUACGAAGAGAUCAAGAAGCUCGCUCUACGCAUGGCAAACGUUCCUAGUCGGUACAAGAUGAUUUCAAUGUCCCUCAGCAGGUUUGUAGUUGACAUGUUGUCAGGCUCCACUGCCAAGAUGUUUUCAUCGGUGUUGACUUAUCCGUUCCAAGUCAUCCGAUCGAGGAUGCAGCAGCUUGACCCCACAAGAAACCGCCGGUACUACAGGGGCCCUGUAGACACAGUGAGCAAGAUCUUUCAUGGAGAGGGUCUACAGGGUUUCUACAAGGGACUUGGCUCGAACCUUCUCAGAGUCGUUCCCACCGCAGCCAUCACGUUUGUAGUAUAUGAGUAUGUAACAAUGAUGCUUGGCGCAAGCUCUUAG